AUGAGGCAACUUCAAAACAUAGCUGUUGGACAAGGAGACUUCAAUCUUUUGGACCACAAUGGGAAACCAUGCUCCAAAAAAGACUUACGAGGGAGCUGGGUAUUGAUGUACUUUGGUUUCACCCAUUGUCCUGAUAUUUGCCCAGAGGAACUGCAGAAACUGUGCUCUGUUGUGUCUCUGCUUGAAAAAGAGCCCACAGUGCCCCCGGUUUUGCCAGUUUUCAUUACUGUUGAUCCAGAACGUGAUAAUGUGGAAGCGGUAGCAAAGUAUGUUAGUGAAUUUCACCCACGACUCAAAGGAAUGACUGGAACCCCAGAUCAAGUGAAAGCGGCAGCACAGGCAUAUCGCGUUUACUACAACGCUGGACCUGCUGAUGAGGAUAAUGACUACAUUGUUGAUCACACAGUUAUUUAUAUAUUUGCUAAACCCAGAUGGAUUGUUUACAGACUAUUAUAA